GUAGUUCCUGCUGAUGUAAAGAUGAAGCAAAUAGGUCUUGCUCAGGCACUUGUGAAUUUUACUUUGCAAGUAUAUCACUUUAUGUCAAUAUAUGAUAAGCUGAUAGCAUAGUAUAGAACGUUUUCGCCCAGUCAACCUGCACAAAAUGUACAUUCACAAAAGAAUCGAUUGAUCUUUUUCCAGCCUGAACCUGGUUUUUGGAUGCAUAUGUGUGUCGAACUCGGGAUACAAAGAAAACAGAUCAAAGAUGCUAAAGGAAAAGAGAAACUCGUGACUGAAUACCUUGAUUCAGAACUGAAUGACAAAGCAUUAGAAGCAGUCCUCAAAAUAGGUUAUGAACAAUUCAAGUUAUUGAAUGGCACGUUUAGUUCUCUUCUUUAUGGUGAUUCUCCUUCUGAACCAAGUCGACAAAGAACAAGAGCAUUAAUGCAUACCAUUGAAGAAUUCUUUUCAGAAUGGAUCUGGAAAUGGGAUUUUGAUAGACUCGAUAUCAUGUGUUUCACAGCUGUGUUUAAUGGCGUACCUGUACAGCCUAUAUUGCGCUCUCAUUAUUUGCGUAUUCAUGCUCUAGAUGAAGCCAUCAAACAUCAAUUUGAGCAACACAUAAGCCAUGUCUUUGUGCUGAAUGAAGGUGCUCUUGUCUAUCGAUCUCCUGGUUUGAUGAUCCAAGAUGUAUGUGCACUUAUGAAAUUUGUAUUGAAAAAAGUAGAGAAGCAUACCAAAGCAGAGAAACGCAAACAACUCGACUUGGAACUACUCCAGCCACCACAGACUAAAAUGUCGACAGUUAAACAAUUCACAAAAUCACUAUCUCAGUCUCAUAUUCUGAGCUAUUUCUCUUCAGGCGGGUCUAAAUCAACCGAUACUUCAUCUUCUACUGUGUCUGAUUCAACCCUGCCUUCAGCACUGGAUAUACCAACAGCACCUUCUUCACCUCAAGGCUCUGUUGUUCCUGAAAUACAUGCCAAUCAAGGUAGUUAUCUGACAGGGCUUGUUGAAUCAGUCGCGAUUGGCAUGAAUGGCGAAGAGAGACCAGUGACAAAAUCAGACUUGGUGCGUGUCUAUAUUCAAAGUGGUGAUCAAGAAACAGAGGAGCAAACAAGAUUAGCUGAGUACUAUCUACUGAUCUACAAGCAUAAAAGUAAUCUUGUCUGGAGCUUUUUGUUACCAGAAGAAGCAGCAUCCAAAGCAUUGUUAUUAGACCCUAUGUUCUAUACUAAUCUUGAGCAAUUCAUGUAUCAAGAAAAACUACAAGAUUUGACAGAUAUCAUUCGAGAGAAUAUUGCCAAUGUGCAAGAAAAGAGUUUAAACCUUGGUAAAAACUACAAGUGCUUUUAUUACGAUAAUACGACACUCAACAUUAAAUCCACCAUGAUUGAUCCACGCUCAACCUCUAGUCACCCUAAAGAAAGAAAAGCAGCAAUUCAAGUGACGCAUGAUAUGUUGUUACAAAUGUUGGACGUAAGAGAGGAUUUUGAAAGAAUGCCACGUACCAGUGAAGUCUAUACCCGAUCUACUGCUAACCACUGGGUGGCUGGUAAUCGAUUGUAUAAUGCUCUAUCCUCUUCAUCAGAUGAUCUGAUAAAAGAUGAAGAUUAUACCGAAAUUUAUCUGAUUGCAGCUAAAAAGGAUACAUCCUUAGCUGAAGUAGAAGAUACACUCAAGAAGAUGAGUUCUACUUUACUAGAAACAAUGCAUCUCGAGCAAUAAAUGUUUAAUGACAAGCUUUUCCUAAUGCUUUAAGACGCCAAUAAUUAUAAGGAAGUGGCACAAUGUAUCCUACAGCAGUACUGGCGGCUGCUGCCAUCCAAAACUUGGGAUCAUGAAAUAAGACUUGACCUCCCAUCAGAUGCCAAUCCAUCAGGUUUU